UAUGCCGUUUGAGCCUCAUUUCUCGUAUCUUAGGCCGAUUUCAAGCUAGGUUGUUCUCGUUUGUGUUAUUUCAGGUCCUAGUACGUGAUUGGAGGUUUGGGAGCGAGUUUCGGGUCGAUUGGACAAAAGUUAGGCGUCUGGCGAGGAGCUGAGGAAUCCACACGGCCAGACAAAGCAGCCACACGGCUGUGUGGUGUGUGGAAAGUCCAGGGAGCUCACAUGGCCAGACUGGAAAUCCACACGGCCGUGUAUGGGACCCCUUGUGGCCGUGUGGAAAGUCCAGGGAGCUCACACGGCCAGACUGGAAAUCCACAGGACCGUGUGCUUCUGGCCGUGCAGUGUGCCUGAAGUCCACUAAUCGAAAUGCGGCGUUUUCACAUCCACACGAGCUGACUGGAAAGCCAAACGGCCGUGUGUCGGGAAAUUCUGGGUUAACCCAAUUUCGAGCCAAAGGAGAGGGAAUCGAGUUUCUGAGCAAAAAAUAGAGCCCUGGAGAGAGAAAGUUCGAAGAACACAUCCUAGAGGUGAUUUUGGAGCUGGGUUUCAUCAAUCGAGCUUGGAGAUCAUCAUAGGAGUGAAGAUCAUCAUCCCAGAGCAGAUUUUCCUCAUCUUUAUGAGUAUGACUACUCUGAUUUUUGUUUUCCUGUCUCUCUUUAGGAGUAGAACCUUCUCUCACUUGGGUGUGAAGAACCCUAGUUCCAUGUGUUAGGGAUCUUGAUUGUAAUGACUUGGGAUUGUUAUACUGAUUGGUUAUAAUCGAUUGAUGCAUGAUUCAUUGAGUCAAUUGAAGUUUGAUCAUCUUUUCUUGAUUUUUGCUGCAACCUGAGAUAGAUAGAAUCUGAUUAGGUUGUUAGAGCUUCAUCAAUCGGUAGUGGUAGAUUGGUUAUACGAGAGUUAAUGGAUUUGCUAUUUUUUAUUGGAACCCAAUUCCAGUAAUGGAGUUAUGUGUUUAUUGCCUCAGCAGUCUAUCCCAGUGAAGGUUAGUCGCCUGCCAGUUAGCCUGUCUGAGAGGGCUCGACCAGCUUAAGAGAUUCCAAGCUAUUGUCGGAUCUUCCGCAGUUUAAUCAACAGUUAAUCAACCCAGGGUAAUUACAACCUUGACCUAACUAAGGAGCUGGGGGACUCAUUCACGAGUGACUCUUCCCUUGCUAAAGAACUUUGAACCAUUUCGUGCUUUCUUACUGCUUUUAGUUAAAAUCACAAUCACUCGACAUAGUUUGCUAGAUAAUAGGUAUUCACGGAGUAGGCAGUAGAUCUAGACCCCGGGUUGACAAAUAGAGCUUGCCACUUACUGCAUUUCCAGACUGCGAUUACACUUGGUCGCAGUUUGGCGUUGUGUUUUAGCGUGUCAAGUUUUUGGCGCCGUUGCCGGGGACUUUUUAGAUUAUUAGGAAAGGCAGAAGUUUGUUACUUUAGCGUUUUUCAUUUGUUUUCCGCCCUUGCUUUUCACUUGGGUGUUCUAUUUUUGUUGGUGCAGAUCUGAAACAUGGAUUCUCAUGGCUUCUCCAAUCAUUAGGGGUAUCCACCACCACCCGAGUGGUUGACACGCUAAAACACAACACCUAACAAUGACCAAGUGUAACCAAUAAAAGGGACUGCAGUAUAGUGGCACAAGUAAUAAAUAUCGAAUCCACGGGUCUCUAGAGUUACUAUUACUCAUCUUCAGUUCAUUAUCUAGCAAACUAGAUUAAGGAUUGAUUUACUAAACUAGUCUACUAACUACUCUACUAAUUACAAGUUGGGAACUCACUUAGGUAUGAUUCCCCCUAGCUCCUCAAUUAGGUCCAAGUUGAAAUUACCUUUGGUUAAUCUACUGUUGAUUAAACUGCGGAAGAUCCUAAAUUAGCUUGGAAUCUCUUAAGCUGACCAAGCCCUCUUAGAUAGAAUACCCGGCAGGCGACUAGCCUUCACCGGGAUAGAAAGCUGAUACUGUGAACGCAUAUCUCCACUACUGGAAUGAAUUCCAGUACAAAACAGUGAAUUGAUUGACUCUCGCACAACCAAUUCACCACUAUCAAUCAAGGAAGCUCUCUUAACCUAAUCAGAUUCUAUCUAUCAUAGGUUAAAGCAUAAAUCAAGAGAAUUUGAUCAAGAUUCAAUUGACUCAAUAAAUCAUGCCUCAAUCGAUUAUAAUCAAACAAUAUAGCAUCCAAAACUUCAUACAAGAAAGAUCCUAACACAUGGAAAUAGGGUUCCUCAAAACCUAAGUGAAGGGAAGUUACUCCAUAGAGAAGAGAGAAAAUGCAUAAAUCUGAUCUAGAUCUUCAAUCUCCAUCUCCAAGCUUGAUUCCCGAGCUCCAAUGCUGAAGAAACCUGAUUCUGGGCAAAACACGGUCGAGGACACGACCGUGUUUUGCCCCCAGAAGCCCUCACGACACGCCCUUGGCAGUAAAAACACUAGCAGGUGCCAGAUAAAACACAACCGUGUUUUUAGGGUAGUCUGCCCGUGUUUUUACUGCCGAACCUGUUCCCCUAUAUUCAAUGCUUCGUUUCUCCCUCGUCCGGACUCCGAAUCAGUCGCCGUUUGAUCCCAAACGCUUGUAGUAUCGUCCUCUUUCUUUUAAUCACAAGCUUUCAUGAUUAUUUGUCCAUAAAGUGAGGAAGAAAAUCCAUUCUUAUUCAGGUCAUGCCCGAGUUUUUUCUCCCAAAUCGCCAAUUGAUCUCUGAUUGACUUGAAACUUGCGCCUAUGCUUCACUUUAUGUGCUAGGACCUGAAAUGUGACAAAGGAACAAAAUCUAGCGUAAAAUAGGCCAAAGAAGCUAUAAUUCAAGCUUAAACGAUCAAGAAACAAAGGGGAAAACAUGUGCAAAUAUCGAGUCAUCAGUGGUAUUACCCCGAGACUUCCUGGAGCAACCAACGAAGAGAAGACUAUGGAGUCGGGUUUCAGUACCAACCCCUCUACUACGAAGAACAAUCAAACCCCUGGGUAUUUCAAGAAAAAUCUCCUUAUCAAGAAGAACUCCUCCCACAACCAAAAGGGUCAUCGGAUCUUGAGUUAGCCACAGCCUUCACGGGCCAUCCGGCAGCGCCAUGCUACUCCACAGCCAGAUCCAAACUAUCACUUGAGGCUUCUCGUGGAGCAUAUUGCUCGAGUACCUGAGAGAUCCUUUCCCAAGAUGGAUCCUCAUAUCCAAGCCAUUGUCCAAACUGACUUCUCCUUUCCCCGUGAAACAGAGGAGACCCUUCGGAGCAUAAAGAAGCACAUAGAGUUCAUUGAGAAAGCUUGUGCACAGUUUUCUCAAGACAGCCUUUAUGCUACAAUACAAGCAAAGAAGGAGGAAGAAGAAGUCAAUCAUGAGGAUGUCGUGGAGCAUAUAGAGUUUGUCACGAAGAGCUCCCGUGAUGAUCAUGAUUUGCAAUGUCCUGUUGUAGCCAACCAUACCUUUCCGCAUCUCACACCGAGCGAUGAUGAGGCGGCCAUGAGUGAGGAGAUGCAAGUUGAUCUUAUUGAAAAGAUUGCAUGGCGACUUGCUCUCCAAUCCGUGCUAGAAGAAGAAGAAGAGCGAGAAAGGAUGAGGAAAGAAGUUGUGGAGGAAUCCAAUUCUAAGGAAGGAAGGGGGGUUGAAGAAGCGAUUGGAAUCCACCUACUACCUCCAGCCCCAUACAUUUCUUUCCCCCGCACGAGGCUCGAGACAAGACUAUGAUUAUCUGGGAUCAAACGGCACCUGAAUCGGAGGUCAAACGAGCUCAAACGAGAUCAACGAAGCUUAGGAGUGCGGCUGGAAAUUGUGCACGGUCGUGUAAAAUUAUGCACGGCCGUGUGAGUUUCCCAGGGGGUUUGCACCGCCAAAAUCUCAAUUUGCACGGCCUUACAAGUAGGGGGUGCGAGUUUCAGCGGGUAUAAAAGCUAUUUUGCGAU